AUUUGUCCAUCAAACAGUAACUGAAUUAACCCUAUAAAGACUGCAUAUGACAAUGCAAAUAUAUCAUAUAAUUGAGAACACAUUUCCUUGUGUAUGUUAACACGAUUAUAUACCAAACUAUAGCGAUAUAGUAUACGUGUUAAAUGUGAUAAUAUUCCGCUUUCGUUCUGAAUGCGCGAGGAGCCCGGAACUGAAGGCGGAAGUGCUGUGUUUUGCAAGGUUCCCGAUGACGUCAUUCCGGUUAGUGGUUUUAUUGUCAACACAAGAAGGUGAAAACGCAACCGGGCUAAAGAAGCACCUCGCGUGACGGUUACACUCUCCGUCGGCGGCCGUCUCGGUCCAGCUCGACGCGGAGCGUUUAUUCCGCUCACAGAGUGACGUCACUGCUCCCGUCGGUUGUUCUCCCGUCGAGCUCUCAACGGAAUGACAGCAAACUACCGGCGGAGCUAACGUCUAGACAACUGGGUUGAAACACGGCGGUCUCCGGUUGAGCCUCUCAUGGUGGUCUCGGCUCGAUGGGGAACUGCCUGUUCUUUCAAGGCGCGGACGACCUGUCGCUGCUGAACGAGUCCGAGGGGGGCAGUCUGCCCGGAGAGCCGCCGCCGUCCUACCAGGAGCGCUCCCAGUCUGUGCAGGUGUACCAUCCCACCCCGGGGGAGAGUCGCCUGGCUUACCAGCUGACCGAGGAGGAGCAGGUCCGCAUUGCCCAGCGGAUCGGUCUCAUCCAUCACCUGCCCAAAGGCGUCUUCGAGUUGGGCUCCGACCCCUCUGACAAGAAAGUUAAAGAAUGUGUGAUCUGCAUGAUGGAUUUUGAGUACGGCGACCCCAUCCGGUUCUUGCCCUGCCUUCACAUCUACCACGUGGACUGCAUUGACCCCUGGCUGAUGCGCUCCUUCACCUGCCCCUCCUGCAUGGAGCCGGUCGACGCAGCCCUGCUGUCCUCUUACGAAACCAACUGAGCGGCCCCGCGGCGGCUGCUCCUGCCUAAAAGUAACUGCACCUUUUUGUAGCCGAAAACUGUCCAAGCUGUUCCGACGGGUAGCCGAGGUGACGUGGCAUCAUGCAGACGUUCGAAAGGGUGUUUUAUGAUGCAGGGAGGUGUUGAGAACUGUGCCCGACAGCUUGCUUAAAGUCUGAUAUGCACCUAUUUGGGCUUUGGAAACUCUUUGCCUUUUAACAGUAGGACGACGUGCCAAAUCAAGCGAGAUGAAGAAUAUGGAAAGCUGUACACGUAGUAGCUAAAUAUGACUGCAAAUCAAUGUCAUUUUUGUACGAUGCAUGUUACCAUCGUGAUUUACUUCCCCUUUCUAGAUGUAAUGUGCAAUAUGUAAUAUCAAUGGAGAAAAUGCAGGAAAUGUGUCUCAGUCCAGUGAAUUUUUUGUGUUUUUUAAAGCACAUGUGGCCUUGAAUGUCACACAACAACACAGGCCUCUACUGAUAUGCAAUCAUCAGAACACAGAUAUUAGGGGGGGGGGGUUCCCAGAAGGGUUCCCAGAAGGGUUCCCAGAAGCGUUCACAGAAGCGUUCACAGAAGCGUUCACAGAAGUGUUCACGUCUACAGCGCGAUGAGAUAUAAUGGUCUCCAUUUGGUUGCAAUUCAUUUCAUUUUACUACGGUUUUUCCUUUUUGAAGCUGCUUUUAUAAACGGGAUCUCUUUUUUUUUGCCUUCCAACAAUAUGGAUCAUGUCCUUUUGCUUUGCCUUGAGUGUGUGUGUGUGUGCUCCGUUUAGUUUUAAUAAUCGGUCCUUGGUGUGCCCUUUUCAUUGUUUACUGCCAGUAACAUUUACAAAGACAAGAUAUGCUGUGCACCUUGGCGUACUCCUCGUGUGUGGUGGGUAGAGAUUGGCAUGUCAGUUGUAAACUUGUUGUAGUUCACUCUCUUUUUCUAGUUCCAAGCUGUUGGGGUUUGUUUUGUGGCGACGGCCUUCUUACAGCAAGGGAUGCAUUUCCAGAGCUCCUGGGUCUGGCAAACAAAAACACUUUAAUCUUUUGGUAUUAAAGGUGCACUCUGACUGCGUAAUGUAUACUACAAACAAGUAAAAGCAGUCGAAAGGAAUGUGUCCCGAAUGUAAAGCAUCCUUUCAGCUUUUAAAUAUCUGGACAGUACACGUGACAAAAGGACAUUUCUGAAUCACUCAAGCUGCUGUGCCUUUUUAAAGGUUGAGGAAAGCCAAUUCCUGUGAAGUACAAUCAUUUCUGACAUGACUUUAUUUUAGUUGUCCUCUAGAGGGAAGCAGAUACCAGCACUGUACUGAUUUGUGUCACUAUGAAUUAGGCCAGAAAUAAAGCCAGCAUUUAACUCUGACUGCUGUUAACAAUUUGUUUUAAUUUGUGUGUAAUGCACAGAUUUGAAUGAAAAUCAUGAAACUACAAUAAAAGUGGACACCAGAUUU